AUGCUGAAGGCCGUGGAAGUUGUUGGCUUCGAGCAAGACGUCGUCACUGUCCUAGCUUCGGGUGUUGACGCCCCGGUGUGUUCCAAUUUACGCGUCCUCAGCCACCCGAUUUGGGCACCGGGAACCUGGGCACCCGUCGCAGACGCCAAAAUUCUGGCGCCGGUUCUUGCAAAGACAUUCCCAGCAGGACCUGCCGGGAGCGCGACGAGGGCGAAGCCCGUUGCAACCGCUGCAGUAUCCCUGCCCGGUUGCAACAGCUUCGACAAGAGCGGCCUCGCGAGACUGAGGAGGCGGAUUUUCCAUGUGGUCCCGGCAUUUGCUGGACCUCUUGGUCUGAGCAAGGGUGGGAAGGUUACAGCCUGGCUCUUUGCACAUCCUUUGAUGUGCGUUCGGGACAACGGGGGGCGGGGGUGGGAGGGCUAG